GGAGAAACAGUAGACGAUAUUUCAAGUGAUUCUGUAUGGAACUUUCAUGUGUGGAAUGACGUGUGGAUGAAAAGACCUGACCUACCUAAUGGAUAUGAUGGCUGGCAGGCAAUUGAUGCCACCCCACACAGAGAAAAGUCAAGGUGUCUUCCAGUGUGGUCCUUGUUCUCUGAAGGCCAUUAAAGAGGGAGUUGUGUAUCUGCCUUUUGAUGGCAAAUUUUUGUUUGCUGAAGUUAAUGCAGACAAGAUUCAAUGGCUGGUGACCUGCAUAGAUGGUGAGGAGGAAUUCACCAAGAUCAAGGAAGAGCAGAGGAGCAUUGGGAAAUUCAUCAGUACU